ACAUUUAAGGGCAAGUGAGAUCACCGUCGGGGCAAUGGGUGAUGAAGAGAGAAGAGGAGGGAAGGUCGUGCAUUUUGUCGAACAGUUGGAGGAUGAAGACGUUACUGUCGUCGUAGACCACGGAGAAUCCGGAGGGGGGUGACUGUGAAGGUAGACGCCAAGGUGGUGGAGGUGGAGGGGCCGCGCGGCAAGCUGGCGCGCUACUUAAAGCACCUGAACCUGGACUUCCAGCUGCCGGAGGGCGGCCCGGGGUUGUGGUGGACGACUGGUUCGGGUCGCGCGGCAGCACUGCCGCCAUCCUCAUCGGUAUCAGCCACGUCGACAACCUGAUCAUUGGUAUCGCCAAGGGCUAUCGCUACGACAUGCGCUUCCAUCACCAACAACAGCUCCUGCAUUGAGAUCCACAACUUCCUCAGAGAGAAGAAGGUUAUCCAUCUUCCUCGCUCAGCUGAUCUAGUCUUGUCUGGUGGAUUUGUCUUCCAUAUUGUAUAAAUUAAUUGAUUAGCUUGUAGUAAUUGGGACGGAAUAAUAUUUAUCAGCUCGUAGUAUUUGAUAUGACAAGAGGAUUUGGAAGCCCUUAUGGACAGCAAUGGCUCAGCAUUUAGAAGGUAUAUUGAAACUGGGUUUGUUAGAGAAUGUAAUAAUUGUCUUCCCAUUAAUAGAAAAUUUCAACAUAGUGUAGAACAUUGGAAAAAGACCGAUAUGAUCUCCUCUUUGACUCUUGGAGCUAAUUGACUGGGUUCCAUCACUAAGCAAGAACACCUUGGGUAAAAAAUUUAUCAGGGAAAUGCUUUAAUUUCGUGACUUGUUUGAUAGCUAGCCAAUGAUAACCUGUCAAUUCCCUUCUCCAUAUCAACUUUUAUAAGGAUUUGGGGAAUUCCACCUUUAGAAUGACACAUUGUGUGAACCAACUCUUGUGGUAUCAUAAUUGGGUCAUGCAAACUCCUCUUUAGGAAGUUUGAUCGUUCCUGUUAGGAAGUUCCUCCCAGCAGGAUCUUGACUGCUUUCCAACUUUAAGAUAUGAAUUCCACCUGGGAACUUAUUAGUAAGUCAAGUGCGAAAUUGCCCUUUGCUUUAAUUGAUCUCAUUGGGGUCAAAGGAAACUUCAUCACCCAAAGAACUUUUAAUAUGUCAACAAGAUUAUGUGAGAGAAGACUUUCCUUUGUCAUUCCAUGGGUAAGCGACCCCUUUGAAAACUUUAGCCUAUGAGAUUGCAGAAGAGAAAUUCUCUCCUGAAGAGAAGGAUCAGGAGGCUGUCUUGGUUGCGUCAAUUAUGGAGAUAGAAUAGGUCUCUCAGGUUUUUUAGUGGACUGAGCAGUUGCCAUGUUGUAUGUACUGUAAACUCAAUGCUAUUUCAUUCAUUUUUUAACACAUUUUUUACUGGCAUGAACAAAGUUGGAUUGGUAUCUUUAUAUCGUGGUUUUUAUUUAAACAUGAGUUUUUGAAAUCCUUCCUUUGUUUAAUCUUUCCAUGUUCCACAACUUCCUAAUGCUGCCUUUGAUAUUGAUAUAUUCUUUGUGCUUUAUUGUUUGUGAGAGUUUGGAUGAAUCAUAACCUUUUGUACAUUUGCGCUCUUAAGACCCCAUAUUGGGGAAGACUCUUGCAUUGAGACUUUCUCUAUGUCAAUUCUUCUGAUCCCUUUUUAUUUAUAUGGUUUCAUCGGAUAAAUAUCUUUCUCUGUGUACUGCUCUAGUGUCCUCUUAGUGAAGCCUUAGCUCACUCAGAAACAUCUAUGAAUGUGCAGUGCAGAGAACAUCAUAUGUUUCUCGAAGGCCCUUCCUCCUCAUACUUAUCUUAUGGUCUAGAUUAUCCGACUUGGUUGACCUAACAUAAAGGCCUAGCAGUAAUCUAGCAUUAAGCUAUAGCCAGUCUCGCAUUCAAAACAAAGUAGCUUAUCCAUAUUUUUAUUCAACUGAUAAUAAUAUUUUGUGAAAUUUAUUACUCUCUAGAGAUUUAGCAUUUCAGUGUGUUUUACUCAUUAUAUUAUUGUCAUAUACAAACAUUUGCAGUAUGUGUUGUAGUUUGUAAAUAAAAUUGACUUGAGAAAACAGAUGAUACAAGUACAAUACAUCAUUAUCCUUCUCAAAGCAACUAGUAAAUCCAUGUGCUGCAUGUAUAUAUUUGGUAUGUUUAUGCAUAAAUAUAUAAUUUUCUUGAUAUAUUGCUACUAUCCAGAUUACAUUUUUAUUUUUAACCAAUUUUCAUGAUUCAGCAGUCUUAAUAGUCAUAUAUAAGCUUGUAAACUGCAAUCUCUUUAAAUUUUUGGACUAUAUUACCACUAGUUGUAUCUGCUAGUUCUUUAUGACUCUGACCCUUGUCUUGGAUGUUUGAAUGUGUUCUCUCUGCCUGGUGGGAGAUGGAGAUUUGAUCCCAUCCUGCGCAAGCUGCACAUUUUCGCACCUGUUUUGGUGGUUAACUUUCCUUUGUGGGCUUCAAUGAGAAUGAUUUUAUACCUUGUGAUCUGAGAUGACCUUCUUAGGCCUUGUGGCCUAUGUUGCACAGCCUAGUUCCCCUUCUGAAAGAAAAGAAGUAAAUGUCAUGUAAAGAAGGGCAUCAGGAAGUCCUUGGAUGACAUCUAUGUUAGUGGGAAGGGAACAAUGACUGGUGGAAUAUAAGCAAUGUAAUAGAGUAAGAGAUAUAGGCACCAAUUGUCUAGGCUUUCCCUUUUUCAUGGAAGGUGUCUUAUGGUCAAUUGACUCUUUAAUCUAGUGUGAUUGUUGAAGUUCUAGUUUCAGCUAGUUCUUUUUAACUUUUGAACCCUGUCUUGUUGCACUUCAUUUUCUGGUGACUUACAUGGGUUGUUCUGAUGAAAACUAGUGUUAUAUACGACCUUCUAUUGUUCCUUGUUCAAUAGUUCCUCAUUACAUUUAUUAAAAAGCUGUUCUUUAAUCAUCAGUACCAUUCUAGUGCUGGAUGUGUGUUUUGUUUUUUGGGUUUGCAAUAUAAUCAUAUUUUUGAACCGACGUUUUUAUUGCUGAAUACUUUACUUUUGAUGGAAAGUUGAUUUUGGUUGUAUCUACUGUUUCUGGUUGGCUUUGGGUUUGUUCUAUGACAUGACAGGAUUUAACGGUUGACCUGGUUAAUCACCUUUAGUAAUGCAACUUAUGUAUGCCAAUCAAAUGGAAAAACGAAUCUUUAUCAGGUGUUUUGCUUGCCAGAAGGUGAUUUUUAGGAUUUGGUGGUGUAUGCCAAACAAAUGGUUGUGGAUUUGUUCUAGCUUUUACCUAGAGUUACCUAGAGUUAGUCCUAGGAUUUCAUGAGGCUUCUCAGGCAUAGUUCCUUGACAAGUUCCAGGGUCUUUUUUGGGGGAUAAAUUGCAUAUAAAUUAUUUGGUCUUGUCAUUUUUCAUAACUGAGAUUCCAGAAGUGUCAUUUUGUCCAACUGAGGUUUUGAGACAGUUUUAGCAUGUUUGCUGCAGCAGACUGAUUUUAGUAACAUUCUUAUCUUGAUUUGUAAUUAUGAAAAGAUGGUUAACAUGGAAGCAUUUUUCUACUCAAAGAAUUCAUGAUCCUUCACACAAGCAAAGGUCUGGUGGAAAGUGCAUUAGCAUUCAUACUCAUGAGACUGGAUGGCUUGUUUGCAGUUGAAUCCAGCAAACCUAAAUAUCAUAUCGUUACUGUUUUCAGUGGUGAACUAUGUUCUCUACGAUUAGACACCAAAACCAGUCUGAGCUUUUCUUUUCCACACUAUAGUCUUUUGCAAGUGCACUUGGUGUCACACAACUUUAUCUUCUCAUAGGGUAGAAAUCACAGCAUCCAGGCCUUUAGGGAAAGAGGUUCUCUGAUUUGACACCACUCAUUCAUCAUCUUCCAUUGUGGCCAAUAGUUUGGCCUCCUUAUUCAUCCUUAGGAUCAUGUUCUCUGUUAUCUGCUUAGUCUUCUCCAUCUGAUAGUAUGUCAGACAGAUAAAAGAAAGUUGCAUUGUCUGUGGAGCAUCUGAUGCUUUGUCCUACUUGAUACAUAUAGUUAUUUGGACUAGCUAUUUGCAAUUUUUUUUAAGAGUUCAAAUAAAAUACAUGUCCCCAAACCCCCUUCUACAAACUCUCAAAUCUCACAUGGCCUCUCACAAGCUUGACCUAUAAAGCCAACAUUGGCAGGUCAUAUUGAACCUACCGUAGGAGGGGUCACAUGGCAAGUUUGUGAGAGGCAAGUGAUAGAAGUCAUGAAUAACUUUCUUUUUAAAAGAAAUUUGGUAGCUUUCAGUUUGAUACCAAUAGCAUUGCCAUGAACAGAACUCAAUAAGGUGAGAGGAUUCAUGUAGCUUGUUCAUAUAUUUAUUGUUGUUGUUGUCAUUGUCAUCAUUGUUCCAGAGCUUCCUCCUAAUAUUUUGUAUCCUCCUAAUUCCUAAUAAACAGGCAGGUCGAGAAUGUUUUUGGAAGAGAACUUAAAUAAAACCUCAAAGAAUCCAAAUAAGGAUAUGAAUUCAAUAGGAUUUCCUCUUAUGAUAUGUAUCAUGUUAAAUAUCAACAUGUUUAAGAUGAUAGAUUAGAUAUGAUUUUCAUCAUUUAUUCUCCAGUAACUAAAUUUUGUAGGAAAAAAAAUAUUUCGUCAUGUAGAAUAAAUAACAGAUUAGAGCAGGUUGUAGUUUGAGAAAGGUUAUGCAUCCUCACAUCUUAUGCUAGAAUAUAGAUUGAGUGACAAAUCUUACACUAACAAGAAUCUUGUAGUCAAUAAAGCAAAGAACAGUAACCAUAGUGGAAACUUUGGCUUUGCACUUUCUGAAGUGCAGACAAAUGGCAUUGUUGCUUUAUAAGAUUGUUGCUAAAGUUGUUCCCCAUACUUAAAAAGACUAUUCAUGCAUCAUCUACAUGGAUAUCAUUUUCUUUCUAAUGACAUUGAAUGCUAGUGUAAGGCUUUCUGAUGCCAUGGCAUCGGUAACUCCAUAGUCCACUAUGUUAUGCUGGAGUUCCCUCUCCUUUUCUCCCAAAGAAGGUUGUACACUAGUCAUUGUAUUUUUGCAAGUUAAAUAGCAGAAAAAUAAAAGCAGCAGAAAUGUUGGAGAAGCCAAUGUUCCAACUAAUACUUGAUUCUGUUUCAUCACCUUUCAUGGUACUGUUCUUGAGACUAAGAAAUGCUAGUUUUGAUUAUUCAUGCACUAAUCAUAACUAAUUUUUUUGAAAAGUUGGUCAUUUAAUGUGGCAAUCAUAUUUGUUCUGGAGUAAAUGUUGCUUAAAAUCAUUCUUAUGAUCCACUAUUAGCCGCAAAUGAGAAUCUGGCAAGAAGCUGACCUACAAUCAUGUUACAAUCAGUAGAAUUGCAUAACAUAGCUGUACUGUUUUGUUAUCGACUUUAGUUUUUUACUCGUUAUCUUGUAUUUCUAUUUUUUUCUAGUAUAACUAUCUACUGUUGGUGCUUUUCUCUCAUGUUUUUGUGUAUUCCUUUUUUCUCAUUAUUGUAUGCUAAUUGAGAUCAUUUUGAAUAUGAUUCUUGUGGACAUUUUCCUCCCUUUUAUUCUUUCAAAGAAGAAAUCAGACAAACUGAAAAAAUGUGGUAUAGUUUCAGGAAUGAAGUUUUUCUUAACUAUGGUUAAAUAAUUGAACAUGUUCAUUGGUGGAGGCAGGAUCAUAUCUUAAUUAAUUUGCUUUGCAAGAAGGAAAGAAAUAUGCAUCUACUUUUAAACAUUUCUUUCAUAUUUACCAAGCAUUCCAAAGUUUAUCAUCUGACACUGCACCAGAGAAUCAGGACACACUGGUAGUCAACAUAAUAGUUAGCUUUCUUUCACUCUCAAAAGAAAAAAAAAGGUGAUUCCAGUCUCCAAUCCGUAUCAUUGAUGGUAGGAAGCAUCAUUUGCAAUGAUUCUCAUUUGUCUAAGCUAUCAUUUUCUCACCUUUAUAGUGGAUGAUUCUCCUUUUAUAGUUACUCAUUCUCUUAAUAUAUUAUAAUUUAUCUUGUAUCCUAAUUGUGAUCGACAAUGGUAUUGUAAAACUUUAUGAACUAUGCCUGGGGUGGGGCCAUGUGACUCGCAAAUGGCACCUUUAUUUUCUUAUUUCAGAAGAUCUUGCUGAAAUCUAACUAAUAUCUUUGUACUUCUCUUUUCAGAAGCUGUUUUCAUCUUUAGCAUGCUUCUCAAGGCAAAAGUUGGGCCUCUGGUGAAUCUAACUACAUAUUGUUUGGCGAAACUCUACCAUGCUGUAAAUGCAGGACACUGAAGCUACUUUAUGUGAUUAAGUGGGUGGUGCUUUCAGAAGUUUGUGCAAAGUCUCUUCUUCCAACAUGAAGAAUCAAGUAGAUAGUUGACCUGCUGGGGCAUUUUUUUCAGACACGCUCUGGGAUGGCGAAGCAUCGAGCGUCCUCGACGGACAUGGACGUGGGAAUGGGUUGGUGGGGGAAGUGGAAACCCGUCCUGGUGAUGCUGGCCAUCGUCGUGGCCUACGCGGUGAUGAACAUCAUGAUCAAGAAGGCGAUCGACGAGGGCACCAACCGGCUACUGCUCAUCACCCUCCGGCAGCUCAUCGCGGCUCUGAUCCUGUCACCCAUCGCCUACUUCCGCGAGAGGAAGACGAGGCCGCCUCUCACCGCCGAUAUCUGCGUCCAUCUCUUCUUCAGCGCAGCACUCGGCGCGGCGCUGACGCAGUACCUCUUCCUCCUCGGCCUGCAGUAUACUUCGGCCACCUUCGCGUGCGCUUUCGCCAACAUUCUUCCUGUGCUCACCUUCCUGAUGGCGUUACUCUUCCGGCUAGAGACGCUGAAUCUGAAGCGGACGGCGGGGAUCGCGAAGGCGAUCGGGGCAGCCGUGUGCAUCGCCGGUGCAAUGCUGCUAUCGCUAUACAAAGGCGUGGCUUUGACCAGCUCACCUCACCCAUCGAGGGCGUCGGAUCCUCGGCCGACGCACCUCGCCGUCGACUACACCUCGAGACAGUGCUUGAUGGCCACGGUUGCGCUGUUCGCCGCCUGUCUUUGCUACUCCUCGUGGUUCCUCGUCCAAUCCAAGGUCGGCAAGAAGUACCCUGCGCUGUAUUCGGGCGCCGCGCUCGUCUUCCUCAUCAGUUUCCUUCAGGCCGCCGCGCUGAGCUUAGCCAUUCAACGAAGCUACUCCAUGUGGAUUCUGAAGACGAAGCUGGAGUUGAUCACUGUUCUGUACUCGGGGAUAGUGGGAUCAGGGAUAGGGUUCUUGGCCAUGUCAUGGUGCGUGGAGAAAAGAGGACCACUGUUCACCUCUGCAUUCACUCCUCUCAUACAGAUCAUCGUGGCCGUCAUCGACACCUCCGUCCUCCAUGAACGGAUCUACCUCGGAAGUGUUCUUGGGUCUGCGCUCGUGAUCCUUGGUCUCUACUUCCUCUUGUGGGGCAAAAGCAAAGAAACCCGUAAUAGUGAAGUGAAACCUGCGGAGGGCAACGAAGAGAACAAAGUGCAGCUGCAAACAGUGUAGUGACCAGGAAAGCAGGAUCCUGAUGCCAUUGCUGUGUCCACUACAAAAGCAUCAGUAGCAGAAACUUAAGCUCGAGUGACAGAAUCUGCAGAAAGUGGUGUUCAGUACCAAUUAUAGUCCAAGUAAAGAUAAUGCAAACUACUAUUGGUUUAAUGGUUACCAUGAUUAACUAC